ACUAAGGGAGGGAAGAGAGGCAGCAGAGCCAGACAGACCCAGAGGAAGCGGAAGACGAAAAACUGAGAAGAGCUAUUUCAAAACCCAGAGGCUGCAAAAAACCGACACGGUCCAACCGCCUUCGUCCCAUCUGCUUCGGGCUUCCUUGUUCUCGUGCCCCUCCCCUCAAACUCUUCCAUUUCAGCUCCAAAACAACCUGGGUGACCCCCCCCCCUCGGGGAUCCCAGCCCGGCCGGUUACCGCGGAGAUGCCCCUCCAGCCGCAGGUGAGGAAGAGUAUGGCGGGGGUUCUCAGGAGCGUUUUCGGGAUCCUCCGUCUCCUCCAGAUCCUGCUGGGCGCCGGCUUGUGGGUCACCAUCGCCGCCAACAAGUACGAGGGGGCCAUGCACUUUGUGCUCUUCGUCGCGGUGCUGUUCUGGCUCCUCACCCUCGCCCUCCUCUUCCUCACCCUGCUGGACAAGCAGGACCUCGUCCCCCUGGUGGGCGGGGAGCGCUGGUUGCCGAGCAACGUCGCGCACGACCUGGCCGCCACCCUGCUGUACAUUCCCGCAGCGGGAGUCGCGAUUUACAAAACGGAGAGGUACUCGUAUUGCAACCUGGAGACGUACCAGCACAACUGCUCCUACAAGGUCUACCUCACCGCGUCCGUGUUCGCCUGCCUGAACGCCGCUGUUUAUCUGAUCUCCGCCGUUCACGGAUGCGUCCGGAAGCAAAGGGGCGAGCUGACCGUGGCGUGAGAGAGAUUAUCCGGAGAGGGAAACUUCCACAGCCGGCUCGGCUCGUACAAAAAAACUCAACUCGGAGAUCGGGGAGCUAUGCACAGUACUUUACUUUAGUACUUUAGUACUUUAAAGCAGAUGCUUUGACACAGACUCAGAGCGAACAGGUUUGUUGAUGUUUGUUACGGUACUUUAAUGGCCAAGACCAAUAACUAACUAUUUUCCGUUUGUGAUCAAAUAUAAAAUGUUUUACGAGAAAACAAGCUAGUGUUUCCACGCUUGAGAAAGUAAAGUAAUUGACUUUUGGCUCGCUAAGUCGGAGGGCUUAUGAGUUGGUUCUUGAAAUGAAAUGAUCUGUCAACAUGAACUCAGUCUGUCCCCAUGGUGAUAAGUGUGCUCCAGAGAAUUCCUGAUAUUUACAUUCCACAGUGGACAGAGAUUGGACUGUGAGCAUAGUCCGGCAUUCCCAUCUUGUCUGAGAAUGCAACUGAGCCUCAAAAACUGAUAGCAAAGAAUCACAACCGCAAACGUGUCACCUCCUAACAGCGCUGUACGGAAACAUAGCAUAGAUCGCGCUGUAUAUAAUUUAGAACUGAACAGUCCAAUGAAAGGACAAACAGAACCUCCUACAGCACAGCUUGUUUUGUUGAGGUAUUUUUCUGCUAAAUGUAAAGUGAGAACCAAACACUACUAAAUAAAGUCCCCAUAUCACUAA